AUGAACAUUUGCAAGAACAAAGAGUUUGUGAAUGUUGUUGAUGACGGAGUACUGCUUGUCAUGGACAUAAUAACGCUUGCCAUUAUACAUAGAAAGGAAUACGGUGCUGGUGCUGUGAUUGUGUGCAGCGAGGAACAUGUUUUUGUUGGAACAGGCGAUGGAGUACUGGCCAUGAUAGACCUUCUUAGCAUGAAUGAAACCAUUGUGUUUAAGUCGAAUGCUCCAAUGACUGCUGUGUUCUACUUGGAUGGAUUUCUGUAUUGUGGUAGUGAAGAGGGUGUUAUCCAGGUUUAUGGGGUAGCUGGAGAAAGCAAUGUGCAGAGGAGCAGCAUACCAUUAAGCUCAAUGUGCAGCGAAAGUGAUGGGAUGGAUUCUGCCCAUGCGAUGCCAUUGAUACACUUGGUUAAGGAAAUCAAGCAUUCGGCGCCUGUGAGGAUGAUAUGCAGUGAUGGAGUGGAGCUCUUUGUUGCAGACAUGAGAAACAAGAUAACGGUGUAUCCGUCUAAGAAGGUGUAUGACAUUGUGGCGCCAAGCCUUGUGUACAAGAACUAUGUGUUUGCAAGCGAAAGGAGCAUGCUGUAUUGCAAGACAAGAAAUGCAUUUUCGACGUGCCUGGCUAUGGAGGAAAGGAUAUGUGAGUAUGUUUUUAGUGAGAAUGGAGGAGUGCUAUUUGUGAGAUGCGGAGAGGAGGUGAGUGUGGUUGAUUUCAAUAGCAAGGAGGUAGUAAAGAAGAUGAGGCUUGGAGGUAUGUUUGUGUAUGAUGACGAUAGAAACAGGAUAUUGAGGUAUGAAGCAGGAGUAAUGAAAUGUAUUGAGGGAGUACUUGAUAAGGAAUACCCGAGCAUGAAUGAUGUUGUGUUUAGAGCUGACGAAAUAGUAGAAAAGAAGGUAAGAGUUGAUGGAAUGGAAGAUGGCGCUGAACGAGUAUAUUCGGGAAAUGAUGAAGCGAAGAGGCCAAAAAGAAAGCGUGAAUGCAUGGAAGCGGCAGAGUAUGCAGGCUAUGAGAAUUUACGUGUGUUUUUUGAUGAAAGCGUUGAGGCAAGAAGAGAAUUGAGUGAUUUGUGGAUGAAGACUGACAGUAGUGAAGUAUAUGAAGGAUAUGGAGUGAAGGACUGUGGCAGUGCACAAUAUCAAUGCUUACAAGGAAUUAGUACGAAUGAAGGACUGCUUUUGUGCUACAGCAUCGAAGGAUACAUGAUUUGUGUGAAGAAUGGAAGCAUUCAUAGAAUUGAAGUUAGCUAUCAUGAUGUGACCAGACGAACGAUUGAAGUUGAUGACAAUAAUGGAUGCACACAUGGAGGAUUCUGUGGAGACAAUGUAGCAGUUGGAAAUGGAUCGAUGGUGUUCUACACAGGGCCUGGCAUGAAAUGGGAAAAGAAAAUUGCAUCUAAGGCGAUUUGUGUCAGUGAUAGCAUGAUUGUGACUCUUGAGGACGAGAUCAGAAUAUUUGACUACACCGGGAAAGAGAUUUUUAAUUGCCUUAUACCGAAUGCACACAUGAUAUGUUGUUAUGGAAGAACAAUUGCAGUGUUUGGAAAUGAGUUAUUUGUUAUUGAGCUGUUUGAAAGGACUAGCAGGUACAUGCUGCCAUAUGCUGUAAGCUUUGCAUGCUUUGAUGAGAUUGGAAGAUUAUUCUAUGUGAUGAACAAGAAGAUGUAUUGUUUGUACAAAGGAUUGGCCGUGAGGAUGUGCGAUGUUAGCACGGAUGUCCUUACAGUGUUCAAGAAUAAUAUAGUGCUGCUAUCGAAGUCAAAGAGACUGUUUCCGUCACCUCAUGUCGAGUAUACUGCACUUAAUGUGCCAUUGUACAUAGAGCAUGAUGAGGGCACAAGCAUACAACAGAUGAAUAUGAAUGAAGUGGAUAAUAAAGAGAAUGCAGAUCAUAAUGCACAGCAUAUCAGUGCAGAAACAACUCAGAAUGAGAAUUUAUUGAAUGUGAGCACUAAACAGGAUGUAAAUCAAGUAAAUAGUAAACGAUACAAUCCGUUCAAGUGA